AUGCUCUCCAACAUCCACUCGUCGCACCUCGAGGUCAUCUUGGACGAGUCCACCAUCGAGCUCUCCGGCAACAUCGAUGUCUCACAACAAGCCCCCGGCACUCGCCCUGGGCACGAUCUCAAGGGCAAGGUCAUCCUAACACUGCACAAGUCCCUGCUCACGGCCGUCGAGCUCAAGGUCUGCUUUGCCGGCCAUGUCUACAUCCAUUUUAGUCCGUCCAACUCCAGCUUCUUCCAUCAUCAGCCCGAGUACCCUCCGGCCGCCCGCCCGCUCGUCGAGCGGAGCGUUACCCUGUGGUCGCCUCAGAGCGAGACGGCCGAGCUCCGGGCCGGCAUCCACGAGUGGGACUUCAAUAUCUCUGUCCCUGCCAAUCUGCCGCCGACAUCGGCGACCCGCUCUGCAAAGAUCCAGUAUAUCGUCCAAGCUCUGCUCGUCGAGCGCAAGCUCCCUGCCUCCCACGGACCUGCUGCCACCCCACCCUCCAACCCACAGCCCAUACCCGUCAAGCCGCACCUGGUCGAGACCCAGGCCACCAAAGUCGUGACCAUCCAGACCUGCUGGCCACGAGGGGGCCUCCACGCAGAGCAGCUUAUCUGCGACUCUACCCGGGGGAUCCUCGAGGCCAAGGUCCACAUGGCCCCGGAGGCAUUUGUUGUCGAUCCCGUUUACAAAUUCUCUGUGUCACUCAACAUCCUGAAGCCCACCGUCGUCAAAGAAGUCAAGAGCAUCAAAUGCCAGUUGCGGGAGAAACAGACAUACCUGUGCAAGCAAGCCAACUCGGAAGAAACAACAAAACAAAGAGAGGAACUCGGGAUCGGCAUAGCCACGGUCACCAGCGUCGACAAGCAGUCGGCCCUCGUCUCUAAUCGCGGCACUCCCUCGUCACAGUCCUCCCAGAGCGGGAGCGGGGGAGCCAACACCUUGUCCAGCUCCAUCGCCGGUGCUAGUGCGCCAGCAUCGUCCUUCUGCUCGCCCAUCCACUUGGAGGUGUCGUUGCAAGGUGCCCACAUUGACGUCAGCUUGCCCGAGUUCCGGGUUGUUCACCGACUCUACAUCCUGGUGCAGUUCGAGACCGGUGGCGACAAGCUGGACGAGGUCAUCGUGUUCGUUCCCAUCCGUGUUGUCAACCCGAGCAGGUGGAGUGGCUAUGCACCUGCACCUGUGCCUUCGCUCCUGCCCAUCAACACAAACGUCAGCGGCUCCUACUCUGAUACCAGCACCUUGGGCCGUUCGAAGCGAAGUGUGAGUUUACCCCAGUCGCCCGACUACACAAAAUCCACACCCACUGGCGCCAAGUUCCAGGAACUGAGCCUUGGCAGUGUUGGCGUCGCGUCGUCUGCCGUCGGCGCACAGAGCCAAGGUCGAUCCACCCUGAUCCACAACAAGCGACGCAACGUCUCGGAUCCCAAUGCAGGUCUUAGCCCGCCGCUGCUGGCGCAGACCUUCCAUACUGUCUCGCACGACCUCUACGUGUCGCCCAAGCCGGCGCCGAUCCCCGAACGCAAAUCCAUGGACCCGGGGUAUUCCAGCCGGGAAGCAUACGCCAACAAGGAAAAGUCGGGUGGCUGGUUCGGCCUGAAGCGAAGUCUCAGCUUGAAGUCAAACAAAGCCUCCGGGCAAAACUUUGCAGGUGCGGCGCCUUCGCCGGCCCCACCGAGCUCGAUCCGCAACCCACCUCCCCCCCUGAACCCCGCGCUGCUGCACAGCGGUCUGAUGGAAACUGGCCUGGCUCUCGGAGGCGGCGGCACCGCCAGCGCCGGCAGCCACAAUAGCCAUAGUAGCCACAGCAAUCACUAUGGCAUCGGUUUUGCGAGCGCCCCGCGUCCCAAGGCGCCGCCGAUACAGCCGUCCCUGUCCAGCGAAGUCAAGCCGGACUUGGCCGCAGGCAAGGGCGGAUGGAUCAAGAACCUUGCCGAUGCCCGUGUGAUGAUCACCAACUUUGGCCGAAAGUCUAUGGACGAGAACCAUCGGGGCAACGGCGCCGGCCCUGGCGCCAGCGCGGCCUUCCCACCGCGCAAAUCCAUGGACGAGAGCCGUGUCGAAACUACCAAGCGCUUCGGCCGCCCCAGCAAUCUCGACGACGCCGACGACGACGACAACGACGACGGUGUCAAGUGGGCGGAGCAGCGCAAGGAGAUCGAACUCGAGUACUCGCAGCUUCAGACUCUCAAUCGGGUGCGUGAAGCUGCCGUGCGCGCCGAGAAGGACCGAAACGAAGUCUUCCAGCCCGGACACUCGGCUCCGCCCGUCCCGCUGCGGAACCUCAAGGCUUACGGCAUGAGCGUCGCGGCACAGGGCAGCCAGGCGACAGCCUUUGCCAACAAGCGCGAGUCAGACCUGCUGUUCGAAUCCGACGACGACAACGAAGGCCGCCGAUGGACGUUUAUCGACGGAGCGUAUGUCUUUAUCGAAACACGCGCCGGAGCAGGAUCUCGCGCCAGUGCCGCCGACGAGAACGGUCGCGGCACGCCAUCGACACUUGACGAGAGCCGCAGCUCGAAGCGAUGGACCCUUGUCGACGGCGAAUACGUUGCCAAGGAGCGCGUGCCGCUGGCCAUGGACGAAGAAAAUCCCGACAACGGCGAGUGGGUGCUCGAUGGCGAUGUCUAUGUCAUGGUCCCGAGUUGA